GGCGGAGGCGACGAGCGUGGCCUCUCUCCCCUCCCCCGGCUGCCCGAGGCCUGGGCCGCGGGGACUUCUAUUCUGACACGCGGCCGCCCGCCCUGCUGAGUCAUGGUGACCUGCGCGCCGCGCGCCUCCCCCCGGCGCCGCGAUGGAGGCGCCCGGGCUGGGCGGGGAGGCGGAGCCCGAGCGCGGCCAUGGCGGGGCCCCUGAGUGCCAGUGGCCGUGGUGUCCCUCGUCGACGGGAGCCCCAUGCAGCCGGAACCCGGGCCUAGCCCGGCGGGGGCCCGCAGCCGAUUCCUGCCCCUGUGGUCCCAGCGCCCCGAGGGGGCGGGCAGCGCGGCCAUGUACGCCUCCACCGAGUGCAAAGCCGAGGUGACGCCCUCCCAGCAUGGCAACCGCACGUUCAGCUACACCCUGGAGGAUCACACGAAGCAGGCGUUCGGCAUCAUGAACGAGCUGCGGCUCAGCCAGCAGCUGUGCGACGUCACGCUGCAGGUCAAGUACCAGGACGCUCCGGCCGCCCAAUUCAUGGCGCACAAGGUGGUGCUGGCCUCGUCCAGCCCCGUCUUCAAGGCCAUGUUCACCAACGGGCUGCGGGAGCAGGGCAUGGAGGUGGUGUCCAUCGAGGGCAUCCACCCCAAGGUCAUGGAGCGCCUCAUCGAGUUCGCCUACACCGCCUCCAUCUCCAUGGGCGAGAAGUGCGUGCUGCACGUCAUGAACGGCGCCGUCAUGUACCAGAUCGACAGCGUCGUCCGCGCCUGCAGCGACUUCCUGGUGCAGCAGCUGGACCCGAGCAACGCCAUCGGCAUCGCCAACUUCGCCGAGCAGAUCGGCUGUGCAGAGCUGCACCAGCGCGCCCGCGAGUACAUCUACAUGCACUUUGGGGAGGUAGCCAAGCAGGAGGAGUUCUUCAACCUGUCCCACUGCCAGCUGGUGACACUCAUCAGCCGCGACGACCUGAACGUCCGCUGCGAGUCCGAGGUCUUCCACGCCUGCAUCAACUGGGUCAAGUACGACUGCGAGCAGCGGCGCUUCUACGUGCAGGCCCUGCUGCGGGCCGUGCGCUGCCACGCGCUCACGCCGCACUUCCUGCAGAUGCAGCUGCAGAAGUGCGAGAUCCUGCAGUCAGACUCGCGCUGCAAGGAUUACCUGGUGCAGAUCUUCCAGGAGCUCACCCUGCACAAGCCCACGCAGGUGAUGCCCUGCCGGGCGCCCAAGGUGGGCCGGCUCAUCUACACGGCGGGGGGCUACUUCCGCCAGUCGCUCAGCUACCUGGAGGCCUACAACCCCAGCGACGGCGUGUGGCUGCGCCUGGCUAACCUGCAGGUGCCGCGCAGCGGGCUGGCGGGCUGCGUGGUGGGCGGCCUGCUCUACGCGGUGGGCGGCCGCAACAACUCCCCCGACGGCAACACGGAUUCUGCCGCCCUGGACUGCUACAACCCCAUGACCAACCAGUGGUCGCCCUGCGCCCCCAUGAGCGUGCCCCGCAACCGCAUCGGCGUGGGGGUCAUCGACGGGCACAUCUACGCGGUGGGCGGCUCCCACGGCUGCGUCCACCACAACAGCGUGGAGAGGUAUGAACCAGAGCGGGACGAGUGGCACUUGGUGGCCCCCAUGCUGACGCGAAGGAUUGGGGUGGGGGUGGCUGUCCUCAACCGUCUGCUCUACGCCGUCGGGGGCUUCGACGGGACGAGCCGCCUCAGCUCGGCCGAGUGUUACUAUCCCGAGAGGAACGAGUGGCGGAUGAUCACACCCAUGAACACCAUCCGGAGUGGGGCAGGCGUCUGCGUCCUGCACAACUGCAUCUACGCCGCGGGGGGUUACGACGGGCAGGACCAGCUGAAUAGCGUGGAGCGCUACGACGUGGAGACCGAAACGUGGACUUUCGUGGCCCCCAUGAAGCACAGACGCAGCGCCCUGGGCAUCACCGUGCACCAAGGAAGGAUCUACGUCCUCGGGGGCUACGACGGCCACACGUUCCUGGACAGCGUGGAGUGUUACGACCCGGAUUCGGACACGUGGAGCGAGGUGACACGCAUGACGUCGGGCCGGAGCGGGGUGGGGGUGGCUGUCACCAUGGAGCCCUGUCGGAAACAGAUCGACCAGCAGAACUGCACCUGUUGAGCCGCCUUGGUUUCCCGUGCCCGCAAGCGUCCGACCGACGGAGAGCAUCGUCGUUUUCCUACAAAAACGGGGGACACGAGGAAAGGCAGCAGCGUGAGCCCUUGUUUCUCCAGGACAGAGAGGCUGAGAGGUCUCGGUGUUAAAACGGCGACCCGAAAGGAAAGAAGGCCAGAGUGGGAAGCCAUGAGCCCAUCUUAGGCGGUCCCGGGAGCGUCCGAGAGAGCCUGCCUGGGAGGGAGGAGGGGGUAAGGUGGGCUCCCGGGAGAGAGGACCCCACAAACUGCAGGCUGCCAGAAACUUGGGCCUGGGCCACACCUCAGCAGCCGUCACCUCCCUUUGGGGUGAAAACCCUCUAGGAGGGUUUUGUUCCUAGAGUCUUUGGGAUUGGUUCCUAGAGGCCUGGGGAAGAGGCCGAGAGAGGCCUUGUGGGGGGCUGAGGCCCCUCAGGUUGGGCCUUCCUGUACAUAGAAACCGCCGGCCGUCUCUGCCCCGGACUGUCAUUUUGUUGAUAAGUAACCCUGUAACUUUCCGAUGAAAAUAAAGAACAGACUAACCUAGUGUCUUCCACCCCGGCUUUCCUGGGGACAGAAAGGCCUCUUCUCUU